AUGCCGACAGAGCUGGAGGAGCUGGUAGGCUUCCUGGAACAUGGCAACACUCAGAUACGAAGCAUAGGCAGGUGCCCAAACUCCGUGGCCACACCAACACCACUGACGAGGUGGACAGCAUGUGAGAACCUGGUGGGUUACUCAGCGUCACAGCCAUCCAUCUUCAAAAAGGAUCAACUUUUGCCGAUUAAACACCUGGUGCUUCUUGUGCGGGACUAUCCGUCAAUUGCAAAAAAUGCGUUGACAAUCCUCGUCAAUCUCAGCAGUCAGGAUGACGAGAUCCGCGCCAGACUUGCUCAGGAUGAUGAUCUGGUCAUUGAUCUGGUCCGAAAGAUAACAAAUCCCAAAGACCCCAGCCCACAGCUCUUGUCGGAGCUACUCGCCAACCUCUCGAUUCAUCCCUCGCUCGCUCGCCUACGCACACUCACCCUUCCUGCCACCUCGACCUCUCAGUCCGACGCCGCGCUCGAUCAACUCCUCGACCUUUUCGUUUCCACCCCCUCGGACAGCAACUACGACUACCUCAGCUACCUCCUCGCCUCCCUCUCCGGCACGUCCGAAGACGUGCGCAAGUACUUCCUCACGCCCCAGGCAUACGACAACGUCACCCCUCUGAGCAAGAUCUUCGUCUUCACCGAGCACCCCUCACUGAUCCGGCGCCGCGGCGUCGCGGGCACACUCAAAAACGCGUGUUUCGAGGUCAGCUCGCACCCCGCGCUGCUGUCCCUGCCGUCGGCCGAGACGGGCUCCGCAAUCGACAUCCUGCCCUACAUCCUGCUACCGUUGGCCGGCAGCGAGACCUACCCGGAGGACGAAAUGGACAAGAUGUUGCCGGACCUGCAGUUGCUGCCGCCGGACAAGCAGCGCGAGAGCAGUAACGAUAUUCUGACGACGCAUAUUGAGAGUUUGACGCUGCUGACGACAACGAGGAAGGGGAGGGACCGGCUAAGGGAGGUGCAGGUGUAUGCGAUUGUGAGGGAGUGUCAUAGCCACGUGCAGGAUGAGGGCGUGGGGGAGGCGGUGGAGAGGCUGGUGAAUGUGUUGAUGCGGGACGAGGCCGAGGGGGAGGGGGAUGCGCAGUCAGCGUUGGUGAAGAGGGAUGAGGAUAGGGAGAUCGAGGAGGUAUUCUAA